AUUUCAAWAACCCUUCAGUCCUAUCACUAAUUUCUGUUUUCGUUCUUUUCUCACUUGUAAGGCAAAGUGCACAGAAUGGCGGCGCAUAAAUCUUUCAGAAUUAAACAAAAGCUUGCUAAGAAGCUGAAGCAGAACCGUUCGGUUCCUCAGUGGAUACGUUUACGUACUGGAAAUACAAUUAGAUACAAUGCAAAGAGACGCCACUGGAGACGCACAAAGUUGAAGCUGUAAAUGAAUCUUUAUCAGUCGUUUGCGAUAAUGCGGAGUACUAUAUAAAUUCAAUAAAAGUUCAUUAAAAGUGUGUAGAACAAGACACAAUAAAAUAUUUUAAACUUCGAAAA